UGUACAUUAGGUUAGGUAGGAUUGUGAACGAAUUAGACCCUCAAUCCAGAUCCGUUUCAAAUCCUCGAAAUACACCUUUCUUUGGACAAUUUUUCUUUUUCUUUUUUACCCGUAGACUUGAUCCUUGCGACUGUCAACGUCGAUCCUCUCUCUAUCUCUAUCUCUCGUUUUUUUUCCCUGGUUCGGAUAAUAAAUGCUUCCGUCUCACGCGACUUUUGUUACACCCCGGCGGGAUUCAUAGACAUUGUGACUUUUUCUGUGUUCCACCGAAAAUGAAUGCGCUGGAAUCAAUACUGGCGGCGGACGAGAGGCAGCCCGAACACGCUGCUCCUAGGAGGAGGCUUUCCGAGCCGCCGGUACCGUCGGAAAAUGUGACCGGGUCAUCCGCAGCCUGGGGAAGCAUCCCGAGCUUGGAGCGCAAGGGGGGAAUCAGGAAUAUGGCUAGGAGGACCCUGGGAAUCAGUUUGUUGCUGCUCACCGUGUUCCUAUGGACGGCGUCGAAUUUCCUCGCCAGCUAUAUCUUCUCCGACCACACCUACGAUAAGCCUUUCUUCCUCGUAUAUAUGAACACGUCCGUAUUCGCGCUGUCGAUGAUCCCUAUAUCCAUAAAAUACGUCAUACAGAACGGCGGCUACACCCGCAUCAAGAACCAGGCGAUACAGGAGUGGAGGAUGAGGUACCAAGGGGUCGAGCGCUUGAAGACGCAAGAAGAGGAAGAGGCGGCCACGGUUGGCGAGAGGCUACUGGCCGGCGACGAGGGAAGCUUCGAAGUGGUCGACCCGCCGGAGGUUUCGGACAAGCUCUCGUUCCUAGAGACGGCGCGGUACAGCCUCGAGUUCUGCAUGAUCUGGUUCCUAGGGAACUACUUCGCGUCGGCGUGCCUGGAGUACACGAGCGUGGCGAGCGUGACGAUCCUCACGUCCACGAGCAGCGUGUGGACACUGAUAUUCUGCGCCGUCAUGCGCAUCGAGCCCUUUUCCGUGCGCAAGCUGAUCGGCGUGCUGGCCUCGCUCGCCGGUAUCAUACUGAUCUCGACCGUCGACCUUUCGGGUAAAGACAACGAUGAUAACCGUGGGAACUUCCCCCACAAGAGCCAGCAGCAGAUCGCCAUCGGGGACGCUAUGGCUAUCUUCAGCGCGGUCGUGUACGGGCUGUACGUGGUCGUGAUGAAGGUCCGUAUAGGGAACGAAGAUCGGGUUAACAUGCCCUUGUUUUUUGGGCUCGUGGGCAUCUUCAAUAUCUUUAUUCUAUGGCCCCUGUUUUUCAUCCUUCAUUUUACGGGGAUUGAGCCGUUCGAACUACCUCCGAGCGGCAAGGUCUGGGCUAUUAUCAUACUGAACUCCCUAUCUUCCUUCGUCUCGGACAUCUCGUGGGCUUACGCUAUGCUACUUACGACACCGUUGGUUGUCACUGUUGGUCUAUCUUUAACUAUCCCACUCUCCCUAAUCGGCGAGAUGAUCCAAUACGCGCAGUAUUCAAGCUUCAUAUAUUGGAUCGGCGCUGCUAUCGUACUAGUCUCGUUCGUCUUCAUUAACCAUGAGAGCCGCGAUGAAGAUGAAGGAGCGAAAACUAGUCCUGAAAGAGGAAACAGGACGGCAGAGCCGUAGCGUAUUAUUCAUUGGUUCUUUUUUUUCUUUUUUCUCAUUCUUGGGUUGGACUACUAGUGUUACGGCGUCACGGUUAAAGGAACUAGGUUAGCGACUGGUGCAUAGAUAUCAGGCAUGACUUGUCAUAUUAUAAAUAGAAUGGUAUUCUACGGCUAUAUCGUGUAUACAAAGUGAUAUAGAGAGCCGACCUGGGUGCUUGCCCAAUGUAAAAAUAAUCUCUAAACAUAUAUUGAUAUACGUUAUAUAUACC